UCGAUGGAGUUGUUGAUCCGAGACAGAGAGACGGCGAACAAAGAAUUACGUAGACGGAGGAGCAGAUCAAAUUCGAGUCCCUCCAGGAGCAGCAGAAAGCCGAUAAGAAUAAACGCCAAGAAACCCCACCCGGCUGUGUCUUUUAUAGGGAGAAACCACCGACCAGUUGGUAGCUUUCUUUUCAAGCUCGUAGCCGGGGGAUCUUGUUUUCCCGCCCGCUUAAGCAGGAGCGUGUAGCGUUGCUUCUAAGUUCUAUAAUUUGACGGUUAAUUACAAAUUUCGUCACUUAACUUUGGAAAGACAAACAAAAUGGUGGCUUAGAUUUAUAUUUUUUUAAAAAGAUUUAUACUAACCAUGAGAUGAUCAUUCUAUCAAUUUCUGUCAAGUUUUUCCAUCCAAAAUAGACGGAUCAGCAAACAAACAACCCAUAUCAUGAGUGAAAAUCUGUAUAUGUAUAUCCAAUAAACUUUUUUCAUCCAAAUUAAUAUGCUCUCAACAUUUAAAACUUUUAUUUUUAAAUCCAAUUCAUUAUAAUUCAAUGACUAAAAUCUCAAAUCAUUACAAGGAAAGUAUGUUUCUCUGAAAGAUUUGUAUGAAGCGAGUCAAUCCGGGUCAUCCCACAUUUGACCCUUGGCUCAAUUGCUCAGUCUGAGUAACAAUUUUGGUAGUGAUUAGGGGUGUCGGUUCGGGUCGAGUUCGGUUAUCCAAAUCGAAACCCGAAAAAACCCGAAAACCCAAAACCGAAAAUCACUAAAAUCGAACCCGAACUCGAGUUCGGUUAAAGCAAAAUCGAAAACCGAAAACCCGAACGCCUAAAAAUACGGGCUGAGUUCUAUUAUUGGAUGUUUUUAGCCGGAACUCAAAAAAUCGAUAAGCAAAACCGAACCCAAAACCCGAAACAAACCCGAAAAACUGAAAAUGUAUAUAAUCGGGUCUGGUUCGGAUAAACCCAAAAAACCAACCCGAAUUGACACCCCUAGUAGUGAUCCCUUCUCACGAAUGGAUUUUGAGUGAGGUGAAUGAGGGAAUGAAGGAGUAGAGUGGUUAGCAAUAUUCAAAAUAUGUAUUAAUAUUAUAUUCUAAUUUUAACAUUAAGAGUUAGGCAAAAAUAUUAUACAAAUAUAAUUCUCAAAAAAAUAAUUCAUGACUUGAUGAACAAAAUUCUUACAGAAAAUACGAAGAAGAAAAAAUAUGGGUAAUCUUUCUGUGCUCUGUUUUUAUGAUUUGGAGAGUGGACAUAAUUUUUGUUAUUGGUAAUUAGGGGUGGGAUUCGGUUUGUCGGUAAACGGUUUACCGACGGUAAUUACCGUUUACCGACGGUAUCGGUGACCGAGCGUGGCCUGGGGUGUAUCGGUUUACCGAAUUCGGUAUCGGUAAAUCGGUAAACCGUUUACCGAACCCAAAACGAACCCAAAACAGAAGUUCUGUCAUCCAAGGAGGUAUUUAGAUUAUGCAACACUUGAUGACUUGGUACAAAUUGCCUUUUCUCUUGUGUUUGUUGCUGCUCUGGUUGAGACGUUCAUCAAAAUUGGAUGAUGAAAAUGGCAGGUGACAAAGAGAGCGGACACCAACGGUGGGACGUGGAAGAGCUGGAACUGGAGAUCACAAGGGAAUUUGUUUCUGAAUGGGGCAUACUUCAGAGCAUCAGGAGCAGGAGCAGGAGCCAGCUAUGCCAGAGCUUCCAGCUUAGGAGCAAAGCCAUCAUCCUUGGUUGGCAUGUUGACUUCCACUGCCGGUGCUUUGGGUUGUCGCAGGGGCCGCUCGUGUUGAUUAAACAAAACAACACCCUAGCUAACGAAACAAAAUCAUAUAAUUACACCAAAAGGGAACCCAAGUGAGAAAUUCAACUCAAUUUCCCUCUCUCUUCUUCUUAAUUAGUAUAUUUCUCAAUUCACCACCGUUGUUAAUUAGUACUGUCACCACGAAUGGGAAUGUCAAAAACUGUAAAUUAUGGGAAUGCCCACCCCCAAAAACUGUUUACCGAACCCGCCCCACGUCGCCCUUGCGGUAAUUCGGUAAACCGGUUUGUAACCGUUUACCGGUAAUUCGGUAAUCGGUAAACCGGUUACAAACCGGUAUCAGUAAACGGUAAACGGUUUUGUCAGUGUCGGUAUACCGAAACCGGUAAAUUCGGUAAACAAUUUACCGUUUACCGACCGAUUCCCACCCCUAAUGGUAAUUGCUCGUAUGUUAAGUAAUUGCUUGAUAGAUAUAUGCAGUCUAUGAUGAUUAUGCUAGAGUAUAAGAUUUGGAUAAUAUACUUUGUUGAGCAAUGAGGACAUGCCAAAAAGAAUACUAUUGUAUUGAGGUUGGGAGAUUAUGAUCGAUCACCCUUAGCAAUGCAAAACUAUUCUUAUCACGUAUUGAUUCUUUGUCUUUUUUUCUUAUUAUCUUUUGACUUUCGUGGAAAAGGCGAACUUGUUUUGACGGGUUGAAUGGGCCUAUGCAGGAAGAAAGAAGAAUAGGACGGCCCACUAUAUGGCUAACACUUUUUGUAGAUGGAAAGAAAAAGAGUUUUGGACUUCAAGGCCUCCUAUUUUUAUUGUACCUCAACUAAGGAUGGAUAUGUGAAGUAACUUUAUUACUACUUAAUAAAAUUUCAAAUGAUUUUAUUUAUAAAAAAAAAAACUCCACUCGUAGCUUAUAAUUUUCCCCUCUGUCUCGUGUACUCUAUCACUCCUAUCGCUUUCUAUCCUCUUUUACCUUCUCAUACACCUCCUUCUCCGCGAGGAGCCACGUUGAUGGAAUGAAAAACUAUGUCCAUUUAACUUUUAAAGUUAUGUAAAUUUCACAUGUAAUUUUUGUAUUUUUUUUAGAAAUAUAGUAAUUUGACAAGUUUUCAUUUUUAUAUUCGUUUUAAAAAAUUAAAGCUUAAAUUUUAAACUCCUUUCAUUUAAAUUUCUGACUUUACUACUAAUCCUUUCUACUUACCCAUUUGCAUCAUCCUUGGUUGCUACCUCUUCAUCUUCUCUACCUGUCUUCAUACACCUCCUCCAUAUUCCCUUUCGCAUCCUCCUCCGGUCUUCCUUAGUCCUUACUAUACGAAAGGUAGCUAGCUUUCACCAAAUUCGAAGCACGUUAAUGAACUAUGAUAAUAAUUGCUAAAAUGAAGGGAGAACGAGAAUAAAUAAAUAAGUGUCGA